UGGUAGCCGUGGCGCGCCUGCGCGGGGCCUGGGCUCUGGCGCGCGUGUGCGGUGGAGGCGUAGCCCGAUCGCACUGGGGGCCGCGUGUUCCGGCUUAAGGGUGAGGGUCUAAAGCCACCUUCCUGGGCCACGGGUUCGAGCCCCACUGUGGUGGCCGGAGCGGAGGUGGGGAUUAUGGCAGAGCCAGCAGGGGCCACCAGCCUAGACUCUCCUGGGCAGCCCGCGGGGGAGGAGAUGCCGGAGGAGGCCGCGGGGACCCCGGAGGACACCCCCGAGGGGACUCCCGAAGACACUCUUGAGGGGACCCCCGAGGACACCUCGGAGGGGGGUGCGGCCGGCCUGUAUGGCUACAUCAAGGACGACCUGUUCACCUCUGAGAUCUACAAGGUGGAGAUCCAGAACGUGCCGCGCUACGUGGGCUUCAACGACGUCAAGAAGUUCCUGGCCAAGUACGGCCUGCAGCCCCACAAGACCAAGCUCUUCGGCAAGCAGACGUUCGCCUUCGUGACCUUUAAGAGCGAGGAGGAGCGCGACAAGGCCCUCAAGGUGCUACACGGGGCCCGCUGGAAGGGCCGCAACCUCAGCCUGCGCCUGGCCAAGCCCAAGGCUGACCCCCUGGCCAAGAAGAGGAAGCGCGAGGCCGAGGCCGAGGCCGACGACGGUGGCCCGGCUGAGCCCAAACGCGCUCCGCACGCCCCUCCCGGGGCUCCCGCCCAGCCGCCCAGCGCCAAGCAGAUCGCUGACGUGGUGACCCCGCUGUGGAGCGUGCCCUACGAGGAGCAGCUGGCGCAGAAGCAGCGCGAGUGCGAGCAGGUCCUGCUGAAACUGACCAAGGAGAUCGGCAACAACAACCGCACGCUGCUGCCCUGGCUCUUUGUGCAGAAGCAGAAAUUCAACAGGAUCUGCUGCCCCCUGGAAGGCAUCAAGGCGUCCCCACUGCAGACGGAGUACCGCAACAAGUGCGAGUUUCUGAUCGGCACCGGCGUGAACCAGGAGGACAAGACGGUGGGCUGCCGCCUGGGCAAGUACAAGGGCGGCACGUGCGCGGUGGUGGAGCCCUUCGACACCGUCCACAUCCCGGCAGGCACCAAGCACGUGGUCCGGGCUUUCCAGGAGUACAUUCGGUCGACCCCGUACUCCGUGUACAGCCCAGAGACGUAUGAGGGGCACUGGCGGCAGCUCACGGUGCGCACCAGCAGGAGCGGCGAGGUCAUGGUGAUCAUCUACUUCCACCCCCAGAAACUCAGUCAGGAAGAGCUGGCGCAGCUGAAGGCCUCCCUGGGUCAGCACUUCAUGGCAGAGCCCGGCCAGCUCGGAGCAGUGACCUCGCUCUACUUUGUGGAGGAGGGGCAGAGAAAGUCCCCCAACCGGGAGGACCUGCCCCUAGAGCACGUGGCCGGGGACAAGUACAUCCACGAGGAGCUGCUGGGGCUCAAGUUCCGCAUUUCCCCUCACGCGUUUUUCCAGGUGAACACGCCGGCCGCCGAGGUCCUGUACAACACCAUCCAGGACUGGGCCCAGCUGGACAAGGAGAGCACGGUGCUGGACGUGUGCUGCGGGACCGGGACCAUCGGCCUCUCCCUGGCCCGGAAGGUGAAGAAGGUGAUCGGCAUCGAGCUGUGCCAGGAAGCUGUGGAAGACGCCCGGGUGAAUGCCAAGAUCAAUGCCCUGGACAACAUUGAGUUCCACUGCGGCAAAGCUGAGGACCUGGUGCCCUCCCUCAUCACCUCCCUGGCCUCCCAGCAGCUGACGGCCAUCCUGGACCCGCCCCGAGCAGGCCUGCACUCCAAAGUCAUCCUGGCCAUCCGGAGAGCUGAGCACCUGAAGAAGCUGCUCUACGUGUCCUGCAACCCGCGGGCGGCCAUGGGCAACUUUGUAGACCUUUGCCGAGCGCCCUCCAACAGGGUGAGGGGUUCCCCCUUCCGCCCGGUGCGGGCUGUGGCCGUGGACCUGUUCCCCCAGACCCUGCACUGCGAGAUGCUGAUUUUGUUCGAGAGGGUGGAGCACCCCAAGGGGGAGCCCCCCAAUAGCUCCUCGUCAGCUGCCGCAGGGGACUGCUCCCAAGAGAGUGCGCCCCCGCCCACGGCUGGGGGGGCCCACGCAGAGCACCAUCCGGACGCUUCGCAGACUCCCCCCAGCGACCAGCCCAGAAGCCCAAGCCCCCUCCCCACAACAGCUUUAGUUUCCUAGCAGACUCUCCACCAGGGCCCCCCCCAGCCCCCAGGGCCCAGAAGUCUCCUGCCCGGGGGGGCGCGGCAGUCACCCGGCAGAGCCCCUGAAAUAAAUGGUUUUGGAGUUAAUGCCGUCGGGUGUGGUUCGGCUCCUCGGCCCCCCCAAAAGCAGCCGGCACCCACUCCCCCCCUACCCCUGUGACUGGCCAGGGCAGCCCCGCCCUGGAGCCGGUUUUCAGAUGCAGCCCUCGUGGGGGGGGCACCUCCUGCCCAAGUGCCUGCGACUCCAGAGCUCCCUGCUGGGGCCCAAUGUUGCGCCCUCCCGGGCUGAGCCACCUCUGGGGCCCUCCUGGCACCGGGGUGAGCAGGCUUUGCCCUCUGACCACUCUCCGGGCCCGUCAUCCAGAGGUCAGCCCCAGGCUGGCUGCUCACAGAGGGGUCGUCCAUCCCGGGGCCCUCCUGCUCCUGCUCCCUUCCACAUCCCCCCAUUGUGCUCCCCAGGAGGGAGCUGAGACAGGGGCUUCCACCCAUCUGGGUCAGGGGCCCCGGCCCCCGGGAGGCCGUCCUAUUGCUGGGGGACCCAGAGGUCUGCCUGGAGCCAAGCCCGGCCACAGAGCAGGGUUACCCCGAAAGGCUCCCACAGAGGCCCCAGGGCCCAGCUGAGCACUCCCCGAUAUGUGACCUCCCGUCCCAAGGCACCUUGAGCUCCAACCUCGACGUGUCAAACAGCCUUUGUCCUGGGGAUUUCCAGAAGGGACCUCGGCUUCCUUUGGCCAACUUUGGAGUGUCUCCUAUUAUGUAUCCACAGGCGCGCGCACGCCUCCAAAUCCACGCGUGUGAUGUAUGUGUCUGUAUAUGUUCGGUUUGCCCAGUGACAUAUUAAAAGGACUUUAAGGUUUUUUGAA